AUUGUAAAGGAGUGCAAGCACCAGACAACUUAAUCGGCAUCGAACUUGUCAUUCGAUAGAAACAAGUCAGUUGUUUCUAUAAUGUCGAAGUCUUAAAGUGUGUAGACAUUGUGACACGCUGUCUCCGUUACUUUUCUAUUGGAUGAAAACAUGUACAGUACCUAAAUGUGGAGAUACAUUGUUUUUGGCUGUGCAACUAUUCUCCACUUGGAUUUCAGCGCUGGUAAAAAGAAAACGGACACAACUUAGAAACAUUCUACUCGUGCUUUUUCACGUGCCUCUGGAUGAGGUCUGUCUUUACUUUUAUCAGUCAUUCAGUAUGAUUUAUAUGCCGUCAAUGAUGAAGCCGGCUGGGGAUACUCUCAGCCAGUCAAACUUGUGCAUUAUGUCCAGGGCGUUAGUUAACGACUCGCAGAAAUAUUCGGCCUCAAGAGCAGUAAACACACCAGCCGCUAUAAAUGUUGUGCUAACGACCAAGCAGUCGCAUGAUGAUGGUCACUAUCUACCUUAUAGAUCCCCACCUCAUCGUCACUACCCCGAAAGUCGACCGUCAAAUUUGGUGCCUGUGACGAACGGGACACUUCAAUCUAAUAGGCUAAGUUCAUCAGCAAAUGAGAACCAUUCUUUUGUCAAUUCUAAACUGGGUGUCGCUCUCGAUCGAACUAUUUCACUGUACAGUUUACAACCAGAACUGCACAACUACCUUACUGCUCCAGAAUAUGAAGCCAGUGUGACAACCGGGGAGCGCAGUUGUUUCGCCGGUAUGGGCAUGACCAUGGGUUGUGCGAAAGAUUCAACAAGCUUUCCACUUUUAGCGCCCAAGGCACACUCACUGCCUCAAAUUACCUUACCCACUGCGCCUCAAAGCAGGAUUCUUUUUCCCUGUGAGUCCUUCUCUGUGUGGUGCAGCCACAAGGGAAUACCUCCAAGGAACCAGGAUUUGACAUACGUCCAUCCUUCGAGUGGGUUAGAGAGACAAAUGUUUAACCAUCGACUAAGAUACUUUCCUUGCAUUCACCAUAAUAUUAUCACACAGAUCAAAGCUGAAAGGAACAAGGAGAAAAGAGCUUCAUUUUGCGAGCUGCUUAACAGAAACCCAAUUGAAGGACUGUUUCCAUUUAUAGGUGGAGGUGCUGGCCCUAUCAUUAAAGAUAGACCGACGGUGCUGGUUGAUGGAAAGGCCAAGCGAAGCAGUACCGAGCGUAGAACGAUGGGAAUGAAAACGCAAGACUGGAUUAAACAGUCAAGGCUUCGUAUAGCUAGAACGAGAACAAAAUUCCUGCGAGGUUUUAGAGGUGAUGCAGCAGCCUUAAGGCUGUCGAGCGAAAAGUUGGAUCACACAAGCUCAUGGGAGCAAAACCCAAGUGCCAUUCUCCGUGAUGAAAGAAGUGCCACGACAUCGAACGAAGACGCAUCGAGUCGCUCCCUUACGUGCUAUUCUCUCCUUUCACGUAACCAGCGGGUAGUAAUAAAUGUGAGUGGAUUAAAAUUCGAAACGUGGCUUGGCGUGCUCGAAAGACAUCCAACUACGAAGCUUGGCAAUGAAGAGAAGCGUCAGCCUUUCUGGGAUGAGCACCGAAACGAGUAUUUUUUCGAUCGUCAUCGACCCAGUUUUGAAGCCAUUUUCAACUAUUAUCAGUACGGUGGGUGCAUAAAAAGACCGACAGUAGUGACAGAUGAUAUUUUCUUACGCGAGUUGGAAUUUUUUGAGAUCGAGGAGCAAGCUGUACAGAAUUAUAAAAAGAACGAGGGCUAUGUACCAGAAGUGAUUAUUUUACCAGUGGAAGCUUGGAAGAGAAAGCUGUGGCUUCUUUUUGAGUAUCCCGAAGCAUCAAUCCUUGCUUUUUGCUUUUCGGUGACAUCACUUCUAUUCACUAUUACAUCAAUCAUUCUUUUCUGUGUAGAAACCCUUCCUGUUUACGCGCAGACACACUGUGAACCCGGCGAUAAACCCAACUUUCUUGACCCAUUUUUUAUCAUAGAAACAAUCUGCACCUUCUGGUUCACUUUGGAAUUAAUCGUGCGAUUUGUGAGCUGCCCUAGCCGGACCUCCUUCGUGAAGGAUCUAAAAAAUCUGGUUGAUUUAGCGGCUAUUGUCCCAUAUUAUAUCACUUUGAUUAAUGUAUUAAUUUCAUUCAGUUGCGAAGGUGCAAAAAAUAGCGCCAGUUUAGCUUUUCUUCGGGUUAUUCGGCUAAUCCGUGUCUUCAAACUGACGAAGCAUUCCUCCGGACUGCAAGUGCUCGUGCUGACUUUCAAGGAAAGUGUUGAAGGGUUAGGAUUAUUUCUGGUGGCAUUUAUUGUGUGCAUUCUGCUAUUUUCAAGUACAAUUUAUUAUGUUGAAGUUGAUCGCAAAGGUAGUCAGAUUGAAAGCAUUCCGGACGCUUUUUGGUGGGCAGUGAUCACAAUGUGUACUGUGGGAUACGGGGACAAGGUGCCCAAAGGACCUCUUGGAAAAAUUGUCGGAGGAGUUUGCGCCGUUGCUGGUGUGUUAACCCUAGCCAUUCCAGUUCCCAUAAUCACUGAGAACUUCAACAAAUUCUAUGCACACAAAACUGGACGUGGCAUGAGAUAGUAAGACACAUUGUAGAUCCUACCUUCUGUUUUCUUCACGAGCGAAUUAUCACUCAAUUAGCUGGUGAGUUAAAUGACCUCUGUGGCAACCGAUUUUUGACAGAUAAUUAUAACUAGUAUUUCUAUAUUUGCUUCGCUAUUUUUGUAGACGAUGUCUGAUCAAUUACAAUUGGGUUUCUUGAAGCUG